AUGCUAGGGAAAUUGUUCAACCUGACGUCCGGCGGCGCUGGCAGCGCGUCUGCUAAUCAGACUUCCUCCACUUCAAGGCUGUCACCAGAGUCUAUACAGGAAGAAAUUCACACUUGGAGUCUUCUGUUUCCAGACACACAAGCGUUGUACUAUCGCCAUGACCAAGUCUUCCCGCUACCAACGGCCACAGCAUUGCCGUCAAGCUCACCCAACACCUUCGACUACGAUGGCGAACUUGAGCUCGACGUUCGUGAUGUUCGCGUUAUCAUCAUGCAGGACAGUUUGGGGUCAGUAAACCCGUCCCUGCUCUUCGACAGCCACCCUGGCCCGGCCGUAGCUUCAGGAAGCGACCGGCCGUCGCCCGGAGCCACGCCUACGCAAACACCGGCGCAGACUCUUGUUCAAGACCUUCGCCGUAACCCUACGUCGCCGAGGAAGACGAGUCUAAGCCAGUCGCGUCCAGUGGUGAACCAGCCGGAUAGCCCCCAACCUCGCCAAGGCGCCUUUGACCGCAGGUCGUCGUUCCAGUCGCGAAACCACACGUACGUCGAGACAGAAACACAACGUGCCUCUAGGGAGUACCGCGAAGAACUCGCGAGCUUUUCGAGUUGCAUAUUUGCCAACACCGAGGUCAUGUCCUACAAGGGAACUUCGACCAAGGUGCACAUUGUACCCAGUGAACCUCGGUCCUCUGACGUUGCCAGCUCUUACGUCGGGGACAGCCGCGGGUCCAUGGGCAGGACGAGCAUGCGGACAAGCAGGCUAGCACAGUCCUUUACGUCGGAGUCCGCGACAGCUGCGUCUAACAACCCGGGAAGACCGGUGGAACGCAAGAAAGUCCUCGUCACUCGGCUAUUCCCAGUCAACCUGCCGAAUGAUGACCUCGACACCCCCAAUACGAGCGCAACAGUCCACAGCCGCAUGUCAGAAGACGGUGGCGGCUUUCCAUUUCCUUGUUCUCCCGACGAAUCCACCUUGAAGAAGAAGAAGCACCAGCCGAAGCAAAAGAGAACUCCCAUGUAUGCUGUGGCUUUGGUUUUGCAGUUGCCAGCCCAUCAGAUAAGCUCCGCAGCUGGAGCUUCUAAGCAGGCUUUCCGUGGCCCCAGCUCGUAUACAGACCCAGAAACUUCCUUUUCCUCGUCUUUCAACUCGGCAAGGCGGUCGGGAUGGUCUAUGGUUGGCUCGGGAUAUGGCGCAGAGGCCUUUGACUCGAUUUAUAGCAACGAUGUCGAAGACAGAAUGGACGCCAUUACCCAACACUGGGAUAUCAUCAUGAGAACUCUUACUCAUCUCCAAUCAGUUGUGGCCACGGCUCUAUUCCCGAUGCUUAAGCAAGCAGACUACGCCGCUCCAGAUCCGCAACCACCGCCGGUAUCGGCUCAGAUUGCCCGGGCGUCGUCGAUAACCAGCCGUAGAGGCUCGAACGCGUCCCAGAUGAAGCCGCCAAAGACGAAUGCGAAACUAGUGACUUUGGGUCCGCAUUGUUUGAUGCAGGAUCAACAGAUUGGUCGCGAGGUCGGUGCGGCGCGUGUCCGGAUAGUAUCCGGGCUUCGAGCCACGAGAGUCGUGACAGGUCAAGGCCGCUGGGGCCCAUGGCGUGACGAGGCAAGAUGGGUUGCGAAAUGGGCUGGAGGCAAAGAACAAGGAUUCUUCUUCUUCAACCUUCUGACUGGUUUCUUGGCAACACAUACCGAUUGGCUGCAGGCCCUGAGUCCAGUGUGGUAUCGUCGACGCCAUUACCAACAACAAAAGGCCAAGAGUGAGGAAGAUACGUCGUUGCCGUCUCGUACUAUUGUUGUGGCCAAAGAUAAGAUGGCUGCUAGGCGACUAGUCUUCUUGUUGUCCGCUUUUCUACCAGCUAAUCAACAACUGCCGACAGUUCGAACUCAAAGACCAUCUACAUCUGCAUCCUUCUCGCACUCGCCGCCUUCCUACAUCGUCCCCAUUCUUAAGGAAGAGUCUCUACGUCGCAAGAUUAACCGUCGUCCUACAGGACCCAGAGGCGCGUCGCAUAACCGAAGCUUCAGCAUUCAGUCCCAGGCCACGACGAGUAUGGAAACUCACCACGCCAGGCAAUCAUCUGAUGCGCCCUCGACAUUUAAACCGGCCAAUCUACCUAUCCCUGGAAGCGAUCUCAGCACUAGGAAAAGUAGUGCCGCGACGACCAAUACAAUAACCCCAGACGCUGCCAUUCCACACUUCUCCGUAGUCCACCAAAACAACUUGCGUCGGGGACAUCGUCCCGGAAGCAGCGGUAGCAUUGCUGCAGAUGACUUGAAGCGUACUCUCAGACGCGGCGAAAGCACCGGUCAUAUAAGUAUCGCAAGCACCGAUUCGAGAAGCAGAAGCUCGAACUGGGGCAGUAUGAUCAGCGGCUUAUGGAGCACGCGACGCAGGGACUCAACUGCCACCUCUUCUCGAACAAUGGAUUUCCCUCAGAGUCAGGAAAGUCCCCUUGCAUCUCCUUCGCACCCUACUGGGCGGAAAGACAGACGGCCUGAGAUGGUCAGCGAGGCACAGGUGAUAGAGACACCAGCACGAGACGAGUUCGGAGCUGGUGAUAGCUUGCCGCCGGCUACGGCCGACCUACCAGACACACUUCGGACGUUGGAGGGCAGGAGCCAAGCUCAACUCAUCGGGUCGAGCAGAAUACCUGACCCUUCAGGGGCUUUCGAAUCCCCUGUGAAGACUUCUAUCAACACAGACGAUGGGGUGAUAGACGUGGAUGUGCAAUUUCCAGAAUACUUGACGUCGUUUGAAUCCGCCAUAAGUUCGCCCUCAAGCAGUGGGUAUCUCUCGACGCCUGGUAUGGGAAUGGGGCUUGACAGUUUCGAGCAAUUCUCCCGUGUUGCCAUCGAAGGAGAAGCGCCACUGAAUGUUGCGGGUUGGCUGCAACAAUAUCAUCCGGAUUUCGCGCUGCAGGCCAUACCUCCACAGGCCAAUCUGCUGGACGAGAUAAAGGAAUCUCUCAAGGCCGAACCCACCCCGUCAACCCAUGCACUGUCAGCACCUGUUGAAUGGCCUGUGGAACGUUGGGUUGAUGUCAGCAGCGCAAUCGUUGCCGAUGCGACCAACUUCACCAUCAAACGAUACCGAUAUCGUCGACUCGUGAAGCCAAAACUUGCUGCGGACAGGAGCAGCACGCAUAAUCUCACAAGCUCGACAAAUCCCUACAGUUCUUCCUUGAUGACCCCUGCACUGUCGCCGUACGAGCAUCCCAUCAAGGAGAAGAUCGAGGAAGAGACUCUGGUCACACUGGAUGAGGUGUUAAUUGACGCCGUGGAAAAGGGUAGUUCGACCAACUCGUCUCGUGGAGUUUCGGAACCAGACAAACUCGAUGUGGCCACGGCGUCCCCCAACAUCCGAGAGGUUCCUCGAGCAGAAUGUAAGACGGUGGUCUUGUCGGCUCUUGGUGGGAUCGUGCAGGAUGUAGUCGACCAACGAGAGAAACAGGGCCAGACACAGCCUACAGGUAUCACAUAUGAGGCGAUUGAACGGGAGAGUGCUCUGAGAGGGGCUAUCAGAAAUUGGCUAGAGACUGUCGAACUCGGCGAUGGAUGA